CGGCAUCCAGCGCAAGAGCCGGGGGCGCGGCCGGCUCUCCCAGCUGGUCUUCCACCAGACGUCGGAGAGUUCGUCGCCCUCUACCCCUUGCGGCCCAAGAUCGGCACCGUGCACCUGAUCGUCGCCCCGAAGCGGCUCAUCAGGCGCCUGGAUGCGACGGCCGCAGAGGCGCCAGCGUUGGCGCGCCUGGCGGCCUACGCGGCGCACCUGGCGUGCCAGCUGGCGGGCCGCGCGGGCCUGCAGGGGCUGCGCUUCGCGGCGGGCCUGCGGCUGCGCCAGGGCGGCGCCGAGCAGCUGCACGCCCACGUCCUCAGCGCGGACCUGCGCGCGCCCGGGCCCGGGGACCUCGAGCGCCGCCACUUCGAGGACUUCACCGGCGGCCGCGCCCGCUUCCUGCCGCUGGGCCUCGCCGCGGCGCGCCUGGCCGCGGAGGGCGCGCUGCCGGGCGGGCCCCCGCCGGGCGGCCCACUGGCGGAGCUGGCGUGCCACCUCUGCGGGCAGCGCUUCGCGGGCGCGAUGCACGACUCGCGCGCCACCUGCACGCAUGCGAGGGCGAGGGCCGGGCCCUGCGCGCCGAGGAGGGCCGGCGACCGGGUGUGGCGGCGCUGGAGGAGAUGGGCUUCGGGAGCUGCGGGCGCCAGGCGCUCUCCGCGGCGCUGGCGGGCGCGGGCGGCAGCCUGGAGCGCGCGGUGGCCCUGCUGGUGUCGGAGGGGUGAGGGCUGGCGCUGAGGAGGGAGGAGGAGGAGGAGGAGGAGGAAGAGGAGGCUGCAGCAGGAGCAGCCACGGCGGCCGAGCGGGGGGUCCCGGGCUGCGCGUCCGCAGCCAGCCCCCGCGAGCGCGCCGAGAGCGCGCCGCCGCCGUCGGGGUCGAGAGGACAGAAA